AUGCAUCAUCGUCAGGAGCGCAGUUUCACUCUGAGCGGCUCUGCAACGGAACUCCAGCAGCACGGUUUUGAGGAGCAGCUAGCCGCUAGCGGUGGUCAUUCUAAGCAUCAGCAAAUUGCAGUAUCUGCCACAGGGCGAAAAUCAGCGUCUGUGCAGUCAGGAGGCACUGCGGCGCAGAUGAUCCAGACAGCAGACGGCGGUGAGAAGCAGCAGCAGCAACAACAGCGGCCAUCUGCUGAGGCAGUCAUCAGUCGUUUGCUGUGCACGUUGAACUUGCUGAAGAUGAGCAAUCCAGAGUGGCAUCAGGCAGCGGUCCGUCGUCUUCAGGAUCUUGAGGAAGAACUGCGCACUGCCGGUGUUUCAUGUCCUCCGGAUAGUCUGGUGUCCAGUGCUGUCACAAAAGCACUGGCUGCAGCCACAUCGCCGAAGACGGAUGUUCAAAUUCGGGUUAAUUCGUCGCGACACAGUACUACCACGAAAUCUGUUUUCGAAACAGAGACACCGGGAAUGGAGGGUUUGGAUCCACACACUGUGCAGCGCCUGCAGCAGCAGCUGAUCUCCAAUAUGAUGACUGACCAAAAGCAGGAAAGCAUGGCAGAAGGCUUUACAAGUGAAGACGGGUCUGUAGUUGUAUCAAAGAAGAUGACGCGCGUUGUGACUACAACAAGAACGACACUGCCAGGAGAUCUGAUCCGACUGAAGGUGAACGAGAACGUGUACUCGGGCAGCGUUGAUCCCGGUGAUCAGCAUAUUCAUUUGGUGCCAGUUAGCCAGCAGAAGCAGUAG